AUAUUACAUAAUAUAUUUCUAUAUGCAAAAGUAAUAUAGGUUUUUUAAUACGAACAAAAGUUGAGAUUUUAUAUGAAGUUACAGUGUUAUAGACCAAAAAUAUUUAGGAUAGUCUGAUAUAUCACUUUGCAAAACCCAAUUUUGCCUAAUAUUACUUUAUUUCUUUGGCUCUUUGCAAUAUAUUUCUCUUAUGAAUAUACCUCUGCAAUAUAUUUGCAUGAAAUUAUAAUAUUUAUUGUUUAUAUACAUUACAUGUGAUGCUAGAAAGCAUACUAGAAUAGUCAUAUAAUACGUAAAUAAAAGAAUAAUUUUCAUAGUAUAUAACAAGAAAGUUAAACAUCAUAUAAAAAUUAUAGUGUAUAAUUUAUUGUAAACAAUGUGUGUAUAUAUGAAUAAGUGACGAAUAUAAAUACUUCUCCCCUCAAGGUUCCGAGAACUUUUACUAAUUGCAAGUCAAGUUAAAUGUAUGUACCUAUAUAUUCCCUUUUGCAAACAACUGUAAAUAAUUAAUAUGGCUAAUGAAAAAUAUUAACAAUUUAUUUUAUAUAUUAUGAUAUUUACAUUAUUUAUAUAUUUAAACAUGUUUCUUUCUAAUCAAAUCGUUUAAUGAUUCUUUCAAUGUAGUAUUUUGAAUAUUAAUAAAGUAUCAAUAGUUACCACGAUAUGAAAUAUAUGUAAUUGCAGAGAGUUGCUAGGAAACUGAUGAAGUAUUUACCAAUGGCGCCUGAGGAGUGGUUAAGACUUAUUCAAAAUGCUACGAAAACUGCAAUUAUCCAAGAUGGAAAAAGAAAAGUCCAUUUUUUAAUGGAAGAUGGUAGGGAAAUGGUAGAAGAGUACCACUUAGAAACAAAUGUUUUAGUACGGAGAGCAUGGAAAGAGAAAGGUAAACUUGGACAAGAUGUAGGUUGGAAAGUAGAAAUUGGAGACCCUGAACCUAGACAAAAUAAUAUUGAAGUAUAUGGGAUUCAGGAAAGUUCAAGUGCUCCGUUUAUUACAAGAAGAAUUACAAAGACUGCACUUGAAUGGCGCAUAAGGAAUUUGCCAUACCCACAGAAUGUAUAUAGUGUAACAGCAGAAGAUGAUAACACAAUAACUGUUCGUACAACCAACAAAAAAUAUUUUAAAAAGAUAAUAGUUCCAGAUUUAGAACGUGCUGGAUUAAAAGUAGCACAAGACAGAAUAUCCUUCAGGCAUCAAUACAGUACGCUAAUUAUUACGUAUAAAAAACCACCUGCACUUCUGGAGUUGGAAAAAAAGAUAUUAAAUGAAAUAUUACAACUAAAAGCAAGAAAAGAUGGUGAUGUACAAUGUCCAACAAGCUAAUAAAAUCUUUUUUUCUAAAAGUA